AGAACAUGUUCAGCACUGAAUAGGAACACGAUAUGGAUAAACUUAUUAAAAAUUCAAAGGAAAAUUAUCUAUUGAAAUUAUAAAUUACUUUGUGCUGUCAUUAUUAGCUUACAAUUGAUUAAAAAAUAUUGUAGGGAAGUUCCUGGGAAUCAGAUUUCCUAUUCCGUGAGGUGAAAGAAAUAGCGGGAAAAUGUGAAGUGUAGGAGGGAAUUUGUAGGUUACGUUGUUGCAUUGGGUUUGAUGUAAGAGUAAACUUUUGAAAAUUGGAACAUUAUAAUAGUGCUGGAGUUACAGGACUGAUAACUGUUAGAGGAAUGAAGAAGCACGUUCGUACUAGUGCAGCUUAUAAGAUCAAGAAUAACCCCACAACUAAAACACAACUGAAAGUGACGUCAACACCCAAGAUACCUGAUGCCCCGUUGACACAGUCACACCUCAGUAUAUCCAACAUAAGUUGUAUAAGUACCAAUGCCAGUGGGUCAGAUAGCACAUCCAGCAAAGAUGUGAGGAAGAAAGUGACGGUGUCUUUCGAAGACCUGGAACACGCUCAUAAUAUAUAUUUGCUGUCCGUGGCAACAACCAAAUUACAAGAGAAGACAUUGUCAGAUGUAUCAGCUGAAAAUGAGAACCAGAAACUGGCCUUGCUGUCUGAAGUGGAAAGUAAACGUGAUCACCUGGCAGCCCUUAAAAAACGCUGUGAAGAAAUUAAAUACCUGUCCCAACAGAGGGAGCUGCUUAGACGUGAGAAAGAAAAACUUGGACCUCUCAUGGACUUUGUGACAGAUGGGUUGAAAAGCAUGGACAAGUUAAAAAAUGCAUUAGACUGUGGACUGCCUGUUAAAGGAUUCCAAGCUGAAGAAAGUGCCUGUAGUCUCAAGAAUGUGUUAUGUGAAAACAGUAAGAUGCUAGAUAAGAUGUGUGGUGCAACCUCUGAACAAGAGGCCGUCUACUCUAAAACACGUCAAGAAAUAUCAGAGAUUCAGAAUACUGUGACAAGUAUUGCUGAAGCACAAAUCAGAUGUGAUACAAUUUCAACAGCUCUCAGCCAUGCAGUUCUGAAGGAGAGUUCCCUGAAAGUUAUGAAGGAAAGGUACAUGAAAGUAGAUGAAAUGUAACAUUAAGUUAAUUUACAAUUUUACAAGUAUAAAUUUAACAGUUAAUAAAUCAACAUUCUUAUGCA